GCCUUAUGGCUGCGCCCACCCCGCUGGAGGAGCAGGACGAGUCAGUGCCCAUCACUCCUGAGCUUGCUGUCUAUCCCAGUAUCCUGCUCCCCUCCCUCGCUUUUUCUCUGUAUCCCAUUUUCUUGCUCCCUGUCCCUCACAUGUUUUCUGUAUCCCUCACUCCUUCCUCCUGCCCUUCUUUCCCCGUGCCCUCCCGCCUCUGGCCUGCUGUUUGUCACAGGUUUGUCUUUCUCCCGCUUUCUGUCCGGGUUCUGUCACUCUCUUUCUCUCUCUGUCCCUCUGUCCUUCCUCCAACCUGUAUUUUCCUCUCUCUAUCCCUCUGCCCCUAAUGCUUCUUUCUCCAUCUCUCAGUCCUGCUCCCUGCCCCCUUUUCCCUCUCUCUGUCUAUCUGUCCUGCUUCCUCUCCCUGGUUAUUCUGCCUUUGUCCCUCUGUCCGGCUGCCUGUCUCAUUGUUUCUAGUUAUAGUCCCCUGUCCAGCCAGCUGUCCUUUUUUUCCUUUCUCCCCCCUACUCUGGCCCUACUUUUUCUUCUUCCAUCUCUGUCCAGCAGCCCAUCACCAUUUUUUGCCUUCUCCAUCUCUUAAUCUGCAUCUGUUCUGCCCCCCCCCGCCCCAGUCUCUCUGCUUUUUGUCUCUCCAUGUCCUGUGCUCUAUCCUCGUCUUUCUCUCUCUUUUCCUCCUUCCUUUUCCCGCCUUUUUCUCUGCAUCCCUUUGCCCUGUUGCUCAUCAGUAUUUUUCCCUUCCAUUCCUUGGUCCUGCUCCCUGUCCCGUACUUCUCUGUCAAUCCCUCUGUCCUGUUGCCUAUCAUUACUUUUGCUGUCUGCAUCCCACUGCCCUGCUUCCCAUUCAUCUCUUUUGGCUCUAUCCUCAUGUCCUGCUCCCCAGCAGUAUUUUUUUCUUUCUCCAGCUCUCUGACCUGCUCCCUGCCCUGCUGUUUUUCUCUCUGUCAUUCUUUCCACUUCCCUGUACCUCUCUCUCUGCAACCUUGUGUCCUGCUUCCUGUCCCUCUCUAUCCCUCUGUCCCUGACCUUGUCGCUGUUUUUUCUUUCUCCAUCUCUUUGUCCUGCUGCCCAUCUCCGUCCAGUUCUCUUUCUGUGUUUUUUUCCUCUGUUGGUUACUCUGCUUUUCUUCCUGUCCCUAUUUUUUUUCUUUCUUCAUCCCUCUGCCCUGCUCUGUGUUCCGUCCCUCCCACUCCUACAGUGUCCUGCUGUGUGUUACCUGUCCUUCUCCCUGUUGAUUUUUUUUUUUUCCCUUAUUGCUCUAUUCCUCUGUCCUGCACCCUAGAAGUAUUUUUUUUGUUCUCUGUAUUUCUGUUCUGCCCAUCCCCCACCCCCACCUUUACACGUCUCAGUCUUUCUCUCUACGUGCUCCUGUCAUUCUCCUCCUCUUGCUCUUCUUGCUUUUUCUCACUUUUCCUCUAUCCUGCUGCCCAUCGCUAUUUUUUCCUCCUCCAUCCCUUUGUCCUGCUCCCUGUCCAUGUCAGUCUUUCCCUUUUGUUCUGCAUCAUCUUUCUUUGUUUUCUCAAUCUCUGUCCUGUUCUCCAUAUGUUUUUCUCUCUGCUCCUCAGUCGUUCUCCCUCGUCUUGUUUUUCCCUUUCUGCCAUCCCUCUCUUUCUCUGUGACCCUCUGCGCUGUUCCCUUUCUUUUCUUUCUCCAGUUCUGUGUCUUACCUGUCCCUCUCUGUCUUUCUUCCUCUGUCCUGCUCCCUGCCCCUAUUAUUUAUUGCUUCACCUCUCUGUACCACUCUCUGUCCCUGUUUUUUCUCUCAUGCUCCAUCUCUCUGUCAUUCUCUCUGUUGCUCUCGUUGGCUCUCCAUCCCCACAUCCGGCUCCCUGUCCCUCUCUCUUUCGCAGUAUCCCACUUUCUGGCUCCCUGUCCCUUACCUGUUUUCUAUAUCCCUCUGUCCUUCCUCCUGUCUUUCUUGUCCCUCUGGCCUGCUACCCUUCACUGUCUUUUUUUCUGUCUUUCUCCAUCUCUCUGCCUCGGUCCUGUCAGUCUCUUCCUCUCUCAGUCUCUAACAUUUCUUUCUCCACCUCUGCCCUGCUCCCUGUCCCUUUUCUCUUAUUCUCUGUGUCCUCCAUCCUCCCCCUAACUUUUUGACUGUAUAACGCCAUACCACUGCCUGUCCCAUCAUGUCUCUCUAUAUCCCUCUGCCCACCUCCCUGUCCCAUUAUUCUCCUCUGUCCUGCUCCCUGGCCUUGUUUCUCAUCCUGCAGUCCAUCACGUUUUUUUUUUCUUUCUCCAUCUCUUUAUCCUGAUCUGUCUGUCUCUCUUUUUUCCCUCACCCCCCCGGCUUGUUCCCUGUCUUUUUCUCUCUCUCCCUCCUUCCUUAUUCCUGUAAUUCAAUUUCUGUCUUUUUCCGUCUGUUCUGCUACCUGCUCGUCACUUUCUCUCUCUCUUUCCCUCUGUCCUGCUCCCUGACCCUGUUUUUCUUUCACCAUGUCCCUGCAGGGCUCCUUGUCCCUUUUUUAUUGAUUUCUCCAUCUCACUGUCCUUUUCCUUGUACCUUUCCUUCUCUGCCCCUCAGUCCUCCCUCAUCUUAUUUUUCUCUUUCUGUUCCUCUGUCCUGCUCCCCAUCGUGGUAUGCUCGUUCUUGGUAUCUGCUGUUCCAGUAACAACUGCUGAGUUGUCCCAGGGGAAGGGUGAGUGUACAGGCACCAAGACCCAGAGCAGACUUGCUCCUGGGACUUACAUGCAUUAAUGGAUAAACACUUGCUGUCUCCUUUGCACUUGAUGAGUGGCUGUCAGAGAGCCCAGGGGAGCAGGUUACGUAGUGGGUGUAAGGGGCGAUGGCUGCAGCUGUGGGCUGGGGCUGGAGGAGCCCCAGGUGGGGCCAGUGAGGCUGAUGGUGAUGGCCUCUCUGUGUAAAAGGACUGCAGCCCUAGGGGGUGGUGCUGCUGGGGUAUGCCUGCCUGAGAGUGCUGAUGAGCUGCAAGGAUGUUUCCACCUGACUAGUGCAACAGGUUGGUGGUCAGUUGGAGUCAGGCCCCAUCAGGGCAGCUCCCAGGGGUUUUCUGAGAGCUGGGGGAGAGGAAACAGGAAGAGCAUCAGGAGAUGGCUGCCCCCACCCCCUGAAAAAGGUGCUGGGUGCCUCCCCAACUCAACAAAACUCCUCCAGCCCUGCUCGCCCUGUGCGGCUGCCCCCAGCUACAGCACCUCCCCUAAAGCCUGUCCCGUAGCCACAGACUGCCCCUGAACCCUGUCCUCACAGCAGCAAGCUGGUCCUUGAACAUGCUUUAUUGCACCAUAAAUGCAGGCGCCGUUAGCAUCGGUUCAGGGGAAGAACGGCAUCUCCAGAAGCUCCUGCAGAAGGAGGGGUUCGUGCUUGAGGAGUACAGUCAUCGCUGUAGAUAACAGUUGCUUGUUCUUUCCCUCUCCCAGAGGCAGCACUGAGGACUCAGUUGUUGGUUCCUCUCUGGGGAUGUUGUUGACUGCCUCUGGCUCAGGUUUGUGUGGGUUGCCUUUGGCCUCAUUCUCCUAGUAGCAUGGGCGAAAAGGGACAGCUGGAGCACUUACUGGCCGUGCGCAGGAGCUGCAGUGGCUGAAGCUGGAGAGACCAGAAAAAGGUGGAUGACAGUCAAGUGACCGCAGCUACGAAGGAGGAAGGGAGAGGGGGCGGAGAUUGAGAGAGAGGGAGAGAAAGAUGCAUCUGAACUGUCAAAUUCUCCCAGCAGUUCUGAAAGCAGGAGCUACGGUGAGUCCUGGACCCUUGGGGCCGUGUUGCUCCUCUUCUGCAUUCCCGUCCCCUCCCUUCUCUACCGCUGUCAUUUUUUUCACUUCCCUGCACCUCUCCCUCUCCCGUUCUCCAAGUGCCCCUCUUUGUCAUUCUGCUUCUGUUUUCUUUUUCUCUCUGUAUGUCUGUCCUGUUCCCUGUUCCUCUUUUCUUUUGUCCUCUGUCUCUUUCCUGCAGUCCAUCAUUAUUUUUGUCUUUCUCCAUCUCUCUGUCUGUCUUCCUAUCCCUUUUUUUUAAAUUUCUCCCCAUCUGCCCUUUAGCCCUUCACAAUUCCCACUGCCCUCACCUCUCUGUCUGGGGCUGUGUCUCUAUUUUUAAAUUCCUCUCUCUGCACCUUGUAUUCUAGAUAUACUUUUUCUUUCUUAGAUUUUUCUUGUUCCAGGUCCCUGUUCCUAUGUUUUAAUUUCUUCCCUCUCUGUGCCACAGCCUAUUUUUGUCCUCGUUGUUCUUCCUCUGUCUGGCUCCCUGUCCCUAUUCUUCAAUUCCUCUGUCUCUCCCCUUCAGCUCACUGAGGUUUUUUGGUAUUUCUCAGUUGCUCUCUGUCUACCUCACUGUCCCCUUUUCCAAUUCCUCUCUCUCUGCCCUGUGGCCCAUCACUAAUCUUUGUUUUUCUCCAUCUCUCUCGGUCUGGUUCCCUAUCGUUUCCUCCUCUCUGGCCCAUAGCCCAUCACUAUUUCCUCCCCACCCCAUGCCCCUCUCUCUCUGUCUUCCCUUUCCCUAUUUUUCAAUCCCCCCUCUCUGCCCUGUAGCCGAUUGCUGUUGUAGUGGGUUUGUGUGGCAAGGUUUUGCUAGCUGGGCUGGGGUGUGCAGGGGCUGCAGGGGUGGGUUCUGUGAGAAGACACCAGGACUUGCCCCCAUGUUGGACAAAGCCAGUUCCAGCUCCAAGAGGGAUCUGCUGCUGGUCAAAGCUGAGCCAACAGCAACGCUGGUAGUGCCUCUGUGAUGACCUAUUUAAGAAGAGCUAAAAACAAAAAAAAAUGCUGUGCAGAAGCUACGAUAGAGAAAAUGUGAGUGUGAAACAGCCCUGCAGACCCCCAGGUCAGUGAAGAAGGAGGGGGAGGAGGUGCUGCGGGCACCAGAGCAGGGAUUCCCCUGCAGCCUGCGGGGAAGACCGUGGUGAGGCAGGCUGUCCCCCUGCGGUCCAUGGAGGUCCACGGUGGAGCAGAUAUCCACCUGCAGGCUGUGGAGGACCCCGCAUCAGAGCAGGGGGAUGCCCAAAGGAGGCUGUGACCCCAUGGAGAGCCCGUGCUGGAGCAGGUUUUCUGGCAGGACCUGUGGAUCCGUGGAGAGAGGAGCCCAUGCUGGAGCAGGUUUGCUGGCAGGACCUGUGGCUGUGUGGGAGGGACCCCACGCUGCAACAGAAGACGACCAUGAGGAGGAAGGAGCAGCAGGGACAACUUGUGAUGAACUGAGUGCAACCCCCCGCUCCCUCUCCCCCUGCGCUGCUCGGGGAGGAGGUAGAGAAGGCAGGAGUGAAGAUGAGCCCAGGAAAAAAGAGAGGGGUGGGGGAAGGUGUUUUUUAGAUUUGUUCUUAUUUCUCAUUAUCCUACUCUGAUUUAUUUUGAUUGACAAUAAAUUAAAUUAAUUUCCCCAA